AUGCAAGUCGGUAACGGGAACUUCGCUUUUGGCGCGGACAUCACAGGUCUACAGACUUUCCAGCCUUUUGCAAUCAUGUCAUCAUGGGGAUGGAAGAAUGACUCGCUUCCGUCUGGCGAAAUGAUGAACGUGACUGAGCCCGACCUCCAGGAUAAAUCGCAGUUGCUCGAGCUUUGGACGGGCCAAAUGACAAGCGAAUUUACGAUUAAUGGAACUCGGGUCCAAGUAGAGACUGUCUGCGCACAAGAUACCGAUGUUGUUGGCAUACAAAUUGAUUCGACUCUCGUUUCAGACGGAAGACUCGGUCUAUUCCUCGAUUUCCCUUGGAACGAUGGCUCUUCCAAAUUCUCUGCUCCUUUCGUCGGGACAUUCAACAUGACUUCUAACCACACGACGAGCCUUAUCCAGGACUCUUCUGUAACAAAAGGUGCUCAGGCAGAGAUUGUGCACACGUUGGUCAACAACUCGUUCGUGACAGCGAUUGGAGGCUCCAAGCUCAACAUCUCUCGCAACUCGCCUGAUUCUCAUAGAUACAGUGUGGUUCCUUCGAGCAACUCUUCAACAUUCUCCGUUACUAUCUCGUAUGCUCUUCAGUCAUCAACCUCCCUGCCUGAUUUUAAUUCCACGACGAAAUCGUCUGUGGAUGCAUGGAAAUCAUUCUGGUCAAAUGGUGGAUUCGUAGAUGUGUAUACAGGUUCCACUGACCCGAGGGCGAAUGAACUACAACGCAGAAUUAUUCUAUCAAAUUAUCUUCUGCGGGUCAACGAAGCAGGAAAUAACCCGCCGCAAGAGUCUGGGCUAGUAAACAACGGAUGGGUCACCCAAGUGCAACAAGGAUGGCCAGCUGGGGCACGGUGGGGAAAGAUGUCAGAUCCGUCGGGACGCAGUGCCCCAGGUGAAAUUAAUGAACUUCUAAUCUGGCAGCAACCGCAUCCGCUCGUCUUCGCCGAAUACGAGUACCGCGCUUUCCCGACUACAGAAACGCUCUACAAGUGGAGUGAUAUUGUUCAUGAGACCGCAGAUUGGAUGAGCGUAUUCGCAUUCCAUAAUGAGAGUACGGACGUUUAUGACCUUGGUCCACCAAUGUACGUUGUGAGUGAAGAUACAGAGCCGCUUGUGACAAGGAACCCCGCAUUUGAGCUAUCGUAUUGGAAGUUCGGACUUCAGCUUGCUGAGAGAUGGAUGGAGCGUUUGGGUGAGGAUGUCCCUACAAGCUGGACGAUUGUACGAGAGAACCUUGCAAGUCUGCCGAGCGACAACGGAACAUAUUCCGUAUACGAAGGUAUACCAAGCGAUUUCUGGGAUGGACCAACGUACACGAAUGACCAUCCUGCAUUGGUUGGCUUGUAUGGCUGGUUACCUGAGACACCGGGCUUGAACUUGACUAUUGCAAAAGCAACGAUGGAAAAAGUGUGGACGCAUUGGAAUAUAUCAAAUUGUUGGGGAUGGGACUUCGGAAUGCUCGCAAUGUCUGCUGCACGCAAUGGUGAACCGUCUCAAGCUGUUUCUUGGCUCCUCAACGAUAUCUUCUCGUUCGAUGAUGUUGGAAUGCCCAGCGGUGGUGCCCGUGUGCCAACACCUUAUUUCCCUGGUUCUGGCAGCUUGCUACUUGCUGUUGCAAUGAUGGCAGAAGGUUGGGAUGGAAGCAAUGGUACCGCACCAGGCUUUCCUACAUCCGGUUGGAAUGUCAGGACUGAGGGGAUGCACAAAGCGCUCUAA